AUGGCGGUAAUGUCGACGCUAUCUUUGGCUGAGAAGCUUGACAAGAUCAAGUCACCCGGCCUGCAGAGUCAGCAACGUACUGUUGUUGUGCUUCAGGCCGUCGAGUCCACCCUGAAAGAACAAAACACUGAGCCCACCCCGACCGGAUACUUUGCCGCCCUCCUCGCCCUCCUCCAAAACGCCAACAGCAGCGGCACCGUCAACACGGAGCUGGCCACGCCCGUCGUCUACCUCCUGGAUGUCGUCACGCCGCACGCCCCCGAGGCGCUGCUGCGCUCCAAGUUCACCCAGAUCCUGACGCUGCUGGCGCCCGUCCGCCGCCGCGCACAGGACGCCCUCAAGCGCGUCCUGCGCAACCCGCCCCCGAGCCCGGCCAUCGACCACCCGGCCGCGGACAUGUGCGCCCAGACGGCGCUCAAGAACCUCGAGGACCUCGCGACCCAGGCCCUCGCGGCGCGCAAGGGCAAGAAGGCGGCGGCCGCGGCGGCGCACGACCCAGAACUGAUUCACGCCCUGCAGCUCGUCAAGACGGUCGCGGCGGCGAGCGGCGGCUGGCCGAGCACAAAGAUUGAGUCGCUGUGCGAGCUGCUUCUGAAUAUUGCCAAGACGGGCAACGAAUACAUGACCAUGGCCGCGUUUGAGAUUUUUGAGCUCAUCUUUGAGGGUAUGAGCGAGGAGGUGUCUUCGGCUAAGCUCCCCCGGCUGAUGGAGAUUAUUUCGGAGCUGCGACCAGCAGCAAACGACACACAGCUGGUUCCGCCCUGGCUCGCCAUUCUGUCUCGGGGCUACGACGUCUCGGCGCAGAUGGAGCCUGAGGAGACCUUUCAAAAACUCCCCGAUCUGUUCCGCAUGGUUGCGCAGUUCCUCGAAUCACAGUCCGAAAACAUUCGCAUCUCCGCCUCGGAGUGCCUAAUCUCCUUCAUGGCCAACUGCAUUCCACAGCAAGUCAUCAUCGACCCCUCAAUAUACGACGAAAAGACUCUCGAAAAGGUCGCCAAGACGGCCGAGUCCCUCCUCACAGUGCAGUUCCAGGCCGCCUGGCUGCAGACCUUUAACGUCCUCGCCGCCAUGUUCCUGUCCCUGCGCUGGAGGGCCAACCCGAUCCUGCUGAGCGUCACCAAGACCAUUGGUGAGAUUCGUGAAAACUCAUCCUUCCGCAACAAGAAGGAGGCCGACGAGGUGAUUGGGCAGGCCGUCCGCGCUAUGGGGCCCGAAGCCGUCCUCUCCGUGCUGCCACUCAACCUGAUCAAGCCCGUCAAAGGCCAGGCUGGCCGCGCCUGGAUGCUGCCCAUCCUCCGCGACUACACUAGCAACACAGACUUGGCCCAUUUCAGGCGUGAAAUGGUACCGCUGAGUGAGGUCAUGUUCCAGCGCGUGCUGGAGCACGGUGAAGCUCCCAAGACGAUGGAAAUUAAGAUCUACGAGACCCUCGUGCAGCAAGUCUGGUCCAUCCUGCCCGGGUACUGCGACCUACCUCUUGAUCUCACUGAGGCGUUUGACCAAACUUUUGCCGAAAUGAUUGCCAACCUCCUCUACAAGCAGACCGAGCUUCGCCUGGACGUCUGCCGUGCGCUCAAGACCGUGGUUGAAUCGAACCAGGCUCUAUCAACCAUCACCGAAGAGGAAGACGACUUCCUGCUGCAAGCUCGCGUCAGCAAGGAGACGGCGGCCAGUAACCUCGCCUACCUCGGACAGUACGCUGGCAACAUGCUCGCUGUGCUUUUCAACGUAUACACCCAGACGCUGCCGCAGAGCCGCGGCCCCAUUUUGCAGACAGUCAACGCAUUCCUCAGUAUCACACCGAAGCAGGAGCUCAUGGACACCUUUGACCGCGUGAGCAAGAUGCUCGCCUCAGAGCUCGAAAACCUCCCUGUCGCCGCGGGUGAUAAGGAGAAGGGUAACAAGGGGGGCAAGGACCACAUGCCGUCCACGGCGCAGACGCUUAUGGACCUCGUCAUCACAAUGUCGGCGUACCUGCCGCGCGAGAGCUUCGCGACGCUCUUCGAGAUUGCAACGCUCAUCAUCGGCCGCGACGACGAGCCGCAGCUGCAGAAGAAGGCGUAUAAGCUGAUCCCGCGAUUGGCAACCUCGGAACUUGGCCAGGCGGCGCUGCAGGAGCGCAGCUCCGAGCUGCAACAGCUCAUCGUAUCGAGUUCCGCCAAGGUGUCCGCGCCGGCGCGCCGCGACCGCCUUGCCGCCAUCUCCGCGCUGCUGCCCUACGUGCCCGACACCGCGCUGCACUUCAUCCCCUCCGUGCUCAGCGAGGUCGUCAUCUGCUGCAAGGAAAACAACGAGCGUGCACGCGAAGCGGCGUACGAGCUGCUCGUGCAGAUGGGUACGCGCAUGGCCGCGGCUGGCGACGCACCCAUCGACAACCGCCUGGUGCCGCAUAUGCCCGACGAUGCCCCAGCGGGCGUCGCCAACAUCGAGGAGUUCUUCACCAUGGUUAGCGCGGGCCUCGCCGGGAGCACGCCGCACAUGAUCUCGGCGAGCGUUACCGCCAUCAGCCGGCUGCUGUACGAGUUCCGCGCUGCCCUGGGCGAGCAGACGCUGUCGGACCUCGUGCAGACCAUGGACCUCUUCCUGACGUCCAACAAUCGCGAGAUCGUCAAGAGCUGUCUGGGCUUCGUCAAGGUGUGCGUGGUGAGCCUGCCGACGGAGCUGAUGCGUCCGCGCCUCGCGACGCUCGUGCCCAACCUGAUCGUCUGGAGCAGCGAGCACAAGGGCCACUUCAAGGCCAAGGUCAAGCACAUCCUGGAGCGCAUGGUGCGCCGCUUCGGGUACGACGACCUCCAUAAGAACUGCCCCGAGGAGGCCCGCAAGCUCAUUGUCAACAUCCGCAAGAGCAAGGACCGCGCCAAGAGGAAGAAGGACGCGGCCCGCGCGGGCGGCGGCGACGACAGCGGCGACGAGGAGGAUGAUGAGGAGGCCGGUGGCAAGCAGCAGUUCGACACCGAAUACGACCGCGCCAUCUACAGCAGCGAGUCGGAGGGCGACGACGACAAUGACGACGACGAGGAGGCGCCCCGGCAGAAGAAGAAGACGCAAAAGGGCGGCAAGACGUACAUCCUCGAGGACGACGACGAGCCGCUGGACCUGCUCGACAAGAAGGCCCUCGCCAACAUCUCCUCCACCAAGCCCUCCCGGACGCGCCAGCCGCAAAGGGGCAAGUCCAGGGCCAAGGUCGACCUCGACGGCAAGCUCAUCCUCGGCAAGGACGACGACGCCGCCGCCGCCGCCGCCGACGACAACGCCAUGGAGAUUGACCAGCCCGAGGGCGGCUCCGGCGUCGGCGCCUACGUCGCGGCCAUCAAGGGCAAGGACGCCGCGCGCCGCGGCCGCGGCGGCAAGCUCAAGUUCUCCAACCGCCGCUCCCGCGACGACGCCGCCGACGACGACGACGACGGCGAGCAGCUGGACGAGAAGGCGGCCGUCAUCAUCAAGAACCGGAUCAGCCCCGGCAAGGCCGGCGGCGACCGCGGUCGCGGAGGUUUCAGGGGUGGACGUGGCCGUGGUGGUGGUGGCGGCGGCGGCGGUGCGCGUUCGGGUCGUGGUGGCAUCGCCAACGGCCGGAGGGGACUGGGCGUGGAGAAGAAGCGAGGCGGCGCGGGGCCGACGGGUGCCAACGGCGUGGGCAAGGGCCGACGGGGAGGCGGUCGGAACUAA